UUUUCACCCUAACAGAAAAAGGUCCAAUGCAGCAGUGUUUGGGAGGCAUUAACAACGGCAGCAGUGUUUAGCUGCAUUCUGGCCUCACUCUAAGCUGGGAUAUCUGGCUGUAAUCUCUUUAGCCCACUCUUAUACUGCUGCUUGGUGGGCAGUUUCUCAUAGGUCUCUUCAGUUUAUCACUAUCAGAGCCAGGUUACAGUAGAGCAACGUUGUGCUCACAUAAACGUCUGCUCUCUCCCAAGUAUAACCAUGGCCAGUUCCUCAGACACACCUUCAUCGGCAAUGGCUCUGUCCACUGGAGCCACGAGUUACCCUAGAAAGAUACUGGACUACAUGGAAGGCUUCCUAGUCUCCAAGACCCUUUUCACAGCGUGUGAGCUGGGGGUGUUUGACCUGCUGCUGGGGUCCCAGAGCCCCCUGUCUGCAGAGGAGGUAUCGCAGGCCAUAGGAGCCAGUCUGGACGGGACACAGAGGCUCCUGGACGCCUGCACCGGCCUUGAGCUGCUGACAGCGCAGCAGCAGGAGCAGGGAAGAGUGUACUAUAACACAGUGGACGCAAGCCGCUACCUGACCCAGUCCAGCCCGGUGACCCUGUACCACUCCAUCCAGUACAGCUCCAGAACCAUCUACCAGUGCUGGUCCCACCUAACCGACGCCGUCAGAGAGGGGAGGAACCAAUAUGAGAAGGCUUUUGGCGUCAACUCUGAAGACCUGUUUGAAGCGCUCUACCGAUCUGACGAGGAGAUGGUCAAGUUCAUGCACCUAAUGAACUCCAUCUGGAACAUCUGUGGGAGAGAUGUGGUUACAGCCUUUGACCUUUCACCUUUCAGGAGUGUAUACGACCUUGGAGGCUGCAGCGGUGCCUUUGCUAAGCACUUCACGUCAGCUUACCCAGAGAGCACCGUGACUAUCUUUGACCUUCCAAAAGUGGUGCAAGUUUCCCGGCAACACUUUGUCACAGACGGCAACCAGAGGAUAGGGUUCCAUGAGGGAGACUUCUUCAAAGACCCCCUGCCAGAAGGUGACCUCUACAUCAUGUCCAGGAUCCUCCACGACUGGACAGAUCAACGCUGCAUUGAGCUGCUGACGAAGGUCCACCAAGCCUGCAAGCCAGGGGGCGGCGUGCUGCUGGUGGAGGCCCUGCUGCUGGAGGACGGCUCGGGGCCCCUCACGGCCCAGCUCUACUCCCUCAACAUGCUGGUGCAGACGGAGGGGCGGGAGCGCACGGCGGCCCGGUACCGGGCGCUCCUGGACGCGGCCGGGUUCACCCGGGUCCAAGUGCGCUACACGGGCAAGAUCUACGACGUGGUGCUGGGGUACCGGCCGGGCUGACGGCCGCGGCCGUACGGCCGAAUGUGCGUCCCGCAUUGGGAUCUGCCUUUGCCUCCCUGCUCUGUAUUCAUGAGGCCGCAUACGAAAUACUGCAAACAGUUGUCAUUUUGUUUCUUAGUAGUCGCAGUUCAAAAGCAGUUGUUUUGGUUGACCUCAGGGGGGACGGCUAUCACAUGAUGCUAUACGAUGAUUUGAUUCAGAAGUUUUAUGGGUUUGCCGUUUUAAGUGAAUAAACAAACACAAGGUGUUCGUCUUAGAGAUACCCUAAAGAUCAUGAGUACUGUGUCCUGUUUUGGUUGCUUUAACAAUAAAACGAUUCUAAUCGUCAGGCUAGUCCUGGGGCUCAAUAUCGUAUGGUUAUGGUUAAACGUAACAUUUGUGUCAUAUCCCAUUUUUCAUUGAAAUCUAAACAUACCAACCGCAACCGUGAACAAGAAGUGACAAGCGUCUCCUUCUUUUGAUGAACAUUUUGCACAUUGGCAAUAUAAUCCCGACGCCUGAUCCCGGGUUUGAUUUAGCGCGCUGUGGAUCUGAGCCAGGUGAAUUAUGUGUCUUUUCCAGGGGACAUUUUUAUCACCUUAACCCUGAUGAGGUGGGUGGAAGGGGGAGCGCGCAAGCUUACGGCUAUCAGCUCAUUACUAAAGGAGCUCACUUCCUGCCGCAUCUGCCCUUAUCGGGGCGUCUAUAAGCCCCCCUGUCUCGUCUGAGCUCGACUUGCCCC